AUGCGCAUGUACCCCGUGUGGCCAAUCGUCGACGCCAAAAAUGUAAUAUCUAUUCUGCAGCAAGUCACCGGGGACAUCGAUAUUGAGACAUACGCGCUGGCGACAGCUGUUGCAGCCGCAACAAUCGCACAACUGAGACUUCAGCCGAGCCUCUUGCACGGUAAACCGAUCACCGCCGAUACAUUUGCAGCCGAAAGCAUGAGAGCCCGAAGGUUCGGUGCAUACACGUCCGCAGUGAGUUUGGAUAAGGUGCGGACGUCGUUUUUUCUUCAUAUCUACCAUGAAAGCAAGCAUGCAGGUGGGAGUGAGUCGCUACUUUUCCUGAGGGAGGCCAUAUCUCUCGCCCAGAUGAUGAAUUUGCAUCGCGAAAUAGCAUACAUUGGACUCCCACAAGAUGAGCAGCAGAUUCGCCGACGAGUAUUGUGGCUGCUAUUCAUUACGGAGAGGGGUGUCUGCAUUCUUCACAAACUUCCUGUUGUGCUUAAGACUAAUAUUUCAACACCCGAACUGGACCUCGAUGGCGAACCCCAAGUCCUUCCUGCGUUUUUAAAGCUUCUAAAUUUGUUCCGCCUCUUCGACCAGUCCAGGAUGUUCGAUUUCAUAGAAGAUGACGAUCUUGGAAUGUAUUCAAUCUCUGACGAGAUGAGGAAUCUGGACAAGCGAUCUUUCAAAAUGUUGCAUGAUGGGCUACAAGACGGGUCAACUUUAAUGGAUCACAUCUCGGACGUGCAGAAAGCCGACCUGUGUGUCACUAGGCACUGGAUGCGCAUGAUCUUAUGGAAGGUCUCAGCAAAACACCACCAAUUCUUUCCAUCUCAAUGGGCUGACUCUCCGUCGUUUCCCAUCCUGGUUGCACAAGAACUUCUGGACAUCGUAUCUAAGCUACCUCAAGCUGCAAUCAAAGCCCAUGGGCUUGGCAUGGAGUUGAAGUUGUAUGGAAUUGCCAAUUCACUGGCUGACGCGGUGAUAAAUAUGGCCAUGCUACCUAUGGCUUCGUUUUGGAAUGACGAAAGUCGUCCAUACGAUAUCUUGGCCCGACUUCACUCAUUUUUAUCCACCUUCGAUGGCGGUGAGAAUAAGGAACUAGUGGACGUGUUGUAUAAGAAAAUGACCGAAGCGCAAUAUAAAGCCGGUCGUGCAAUGUGGUCCACAGUACAUGCACCGAUGAAAAGUAGACAUUUGAUUGAAACAACAUCCGAGAAUCAACUAGUCCAGGAAGAGCCUCCACUUCCAGGACCCGACUACAUCAUUACAAUUCCAGAUUGGUCCGAGGGCGGGGAUCUGAAUCCUGCAAUCCACCCCACUGGUACGGAUUGGUGGAUGCCUGGCAAUCUUAUUUCACCGGAAGAGCAAGCCGAUUACCCGAUUUGUCUAGACGAUAUGCUAGCCUGUGGCUACGAUCCACAGUUUACCGGAGGUAUGUAG